AUGUCAUCGUCAUCGUUGAGAAGUGCCAAAUUGUUGUGUCUGUUUCUGCUGUUGGGUUGCAUAUGCAUUGCUGCUGCCACUGCAACCGAACCCAAAGCAGAAUCGUUUGAUACUUAUUCAAUUGGAUUGUGGCCCCGAUGGUGGUGGCGUAUUCACCCAAAAAUACCAUCAGCACCAACUCCAUCUCCAAUUGAUAAUGCGGCUUCACCAACGCAUAUGGCUCCAUCCCCAGUUGAUGAUGUGGUUUCGCCACCACACACGACCCCUGCUCCAUCCACUUCUUGUACCAAAGUGGAUGGUUGUGCGUUAGAUUUGAUCACUUCCGUUUUCAAGCGUAGAAUUACAUUAUCCACUCAAUGUUGUCAAGUACUUUCAACGAUUUCAGAUGAUUGCUUUUACACAGAGUACACACACUCAAAGAGGGUACCAUUUUUCCUUGGAAAAGUGAGGAACUAUUGUAGUCAUGCGGUUGAUAAUGCGGCUCCAUCUCCAUCUCCAGCUGAUGAUGUGGCUCCUCCAUCUCCAUUCGAUAAUGCAGUUCCAUCUCCAUCUCCGGUUGAUAAUGUGGCUUCACCAACUCAUGCAGUUCCAUCCCCAUCCCCGGUUGAUGAUGUCGUUUCUCCAUCGCGUAUGCCUCCCUCUUGGGGCCCGGCUCCGGCUCCAACCACUUCUUGCAUCAAGGUGGACGGUUGUGCAUCAGAUUUGAUCACUUCCGUUUUCACUCAUAAAAUUUCAUUAUCUACACAAUGCUGUCAAGUACUUUUUACGACGUCAGAUGAUUGCUUUUACAGAGAGUACACACACUCAAAGAGGGUACCAUUUUUCCUAGGCAAAGUGAAGAACUAUUGCAGUCAUCAUCAUGCCUGA